AUGAUGGAGCCCUCGGAAACAUCUCACGCCCUCCCCUUUUCACGUAUGCCUCCUCAGUGGGGUAGAGUGUCGAUUCAAUUCAAGGUAUGUUCAGUCAUCAGAAGGCUGCUUAGUCGCCUGGCUAAUUCACUCAAGUACUCGCUCGCGGAUGAGGACUGGGAAGCAAAAGCUUGCCAGCAGUUCUUGGAGGUGGCCAGUACACUAAUGCGUUGUGGCGCGCCAGAGCUUACCCUGACUGUCUACGUGCAACUCACGGUUGGGGAUGGAGCCAGUGGCUCCGGAUCCGCGCAACUUGAAUUUGCUUUCAGCAAGACUCAACUCCAGGAUUGCCUGGCGCGCCUUGCAUCCGCAAUCAUGGACUAUAUCAAGGUGUUUCUUGUAUCCGUGUCCGGAGGUUCGACCUUGCAGGUGCAGUACAUUAUCCGUGUGCGAAUUGUGAUCGGCUGUGGGUCUGUGAGUACAUCGAGGGUUACGAAUGCCAAGGGGCCACGUGCCGAUACCUCCACGGCAUUCCCAAGUCUUGCUAUCGAGCAGUCUGGGGUCGCGAAUGUGAUGCGUGCGACCGUGCCCAUGGCUACCUCGAUGCCAGGCGGGCUAAUGCAGAGGAUGUGGACGAUCAUUUAG